GAUGUUAUUGAAACUUUACAGAGUGCAGGAACUGAUUCAACUGUAAAUUUGUGGUCGGUUAAAAUUGCCAGUGAUGAUUCGACACCUGAAAGUCCUGUUGACUCUUCAAGAAGGCUGACGGAUCCUCUACUCAAUUCAUACACUGACUAUGAGGAUAGCAUCUAUGGUCUUGCAUGGAGCUCACGGGAGCCUUCUGUUUUUGCAUCAUUGUCCUAUGACGGGAGGGUUGUUGUUGAAUCCGUGAGACCUUACAUGCAGAAAAAGUAAUAGCUGUUAUGUUCUUGGUGGAGAUUACAAUGUGGUGUGUUCAAUCUAUGCUCACAAAUCUCUAGUUGUUAUGAGAAUCAAUACCGUCAUUGUUUUAUUUAAAACAUAGAGCUUACGAAGAGAAAUCAUUUUCAAAUGAUCACAUAUUGCACAAUUGAGGAUGCCUCUUGGUUUAUUCGAACACUGGCAACAGUUGAGUACACACUUUUUCUCCAGUAAAUAAUUGAGCCUGAGGAACAAAUAGCCAAAACAUCAGGUCACAUUUAGUUAAAGAAGAUUUGUUUUCCCUUUUGUUGUUCUUGAUAGAGGUUGGAGGAUUUGAUAUCACCGUCGUCGCCUACUGUGCAUUUUUCUGCAGCUGUUGUGUCCAUAGUGUGUAGUAUGUAGAAGAGGCAGAAAAUGUUAACAUUUGAUUAACUCUGAAAACUGACUUCUACUGCUUCUCUCUCCAUGUCUAUGAUUUUCUUUUCAGUUCUUUAAAUAGAGAACAAAGAAUUUGUUUGUGUCGACCUUUAUUGACUAAACAACAAUAAAAUGCUGAGUCGGUCCUUCGGAUAA